UUUUACCGCUUGAUCUCAUUCGUGUUAAUAUAAAAUAUUGUGUUUCAUUGGCAGAUUGAAGGAAGUGCAGCAAAAUACCAAAUAUGAGGAUAUUCCUAGCGUGUACGUUGUUGGCGGUGUCAACAUUAGCCGAACCUCCUGUGGACAACAGAUACUUACCACCUCAGCAGGACUUCAAUGGUGGCUUUUCACCCCCCUCGCAAAGCUAUGGCGCCCCUAGUGGCGCCCCCAGGCAAACGGAUGCCGUAUUUGGACAACGCCCAUCAUCAGCGUACGGUGCUCCCAACUCCCGUUCCUCUCGACCUUCCAACCAAUAUGGACCUCCACAAGUCAGACAGCCGUCCAGCCAAUACCUACCUCCUCAGGGCAGGGCUCAACAACCAUCUAACCAGUACGGGCCUCCUCAAAGCAGAGCUCAACAACCGUCAAAUCAAUAUGGUCCUCCAUCUAGCAGGGCUCAACAACCAUCUAGCCAAUACGGCCCUCCUCAAUCCAGAGCUCAACAACCUUCUAGCCAAUACGGCCCCACUCAAUCUCGAUCUCAGCAGCCUUCUAACCAAUACGGAGCUCCCAACCAAGACAACCAAUUUCGCUCUCAACCUUCAAGCCAAUACGGUGCUCCUGCAUUCGGCCAAGCCAGACAGUCUAACCAAUACUCUGGACAGGGCAGAUCUCCUUCGAACCAAUAUUUGCCUCCUAACCAAAAUGCUAGACAACCGUCGACUGAAUAUGGGGCACCUGGAUUUGGAACUCCUUCUCAGGAAUAUGGAGCGCCUAAUGGUGGUCAGCAAUUUGGUCAGGGUGGUAACUUCGGAGACGCUCAGAGCAGGCAGUACCUUCCUCCCGAUGCCAGAGGAGGUUAUGGCGGUGAUGACGAUGGUAGCAAUGGGGAGCCAGCAAACUACAGCUUCGAGUACAUGGUGAAAGAUGACGAAUCCGGCAACGAUUUUGGGCACCGCGAGUCCAGGAUGGGUGAUCGUGCUGAGGGUCUCUACUACGUGUUACUUCCUGAUGGCAGAAAACAGACCGUUGAAUACGAAGCAGACCAGGACGGUUACAAGCCAAGAAUAUCCUACGAAGACACCGGCGCCGGAGCGGGCGCUGGCUAUGACUCCAACGCUCAAGCUUUCGGACAAGAUGGCGGCUACAAUCAAAAUGGCGGAUAUUAAGCUAAACUUUGGUAGAUGUUUCUGCAAUUCUGCUAUUCAUCUCGCUUUUAUUGUGUGUAAAAGAAUGUGUUGGGUAGGUGACAUUGUAAAAAUUUUAUCUAGCUAUGAGGUCCAAAGUAAAACACUGUUUUAAUUAUGAAUCAUUUAUGUUUGAUGCUAAAUAAAAGCUGAGAAGAAAAUGUUGGCAUGUUAUGGUGUCCUCAAUUGUACAUAAUAAUUUUCUGUCAGUUUUGUUAUUUCCAUAUGUAAAUGUAUAGUGUAACAAGACUGACAUGGGGACACAAACUUUGCUUGACUCAGUUUCCAAAAAUAAUUCUUAACUCGAUCAAAUAUGAAUGCGUUAAUGAAUUUAACAGCGUUUUUAAAAGUAGCACUUUCUGUUCAAGUUAAAAAUGGGAUAGUUUUGUGGCUAUGAUUUGAAUCUUAAAAGAUCUAGGGUAAUUAAGCCUUGGGAUGUAGAUUCACAGAUGAUUUUAAAUUAACAUUUUUUAACUUUUUAGGAAUGGUUAUACUUAUAUUUUGGGGGUUUUGUACGUUGGAUAUCAUGACAAGAGAUGUUAAGGAUGGGUGAAUAAGUAGUUCAAGAAUAACAUUUUUCUCUUGAAUAUUUUCUAAAGUUGUAUCGUACCCUUUUUUAACAGAAAGGUGGUGCUAAAAUAGAAAGGUGGUGCUAAAAUAGAAAAGUAAUUAUUUAAUAAUUUUAUUUGAAUGAAUAUCGACGACUUAAGCUAUGUCAAAGGACAACGAGCCAUAUUACGAGACUAUUAAAGUACAAAAUGCUUUAGCGUAGUUAUUGUAAGUGAUGUGAUAAUGCACAAGGAAUCAGCGCCAGUCAUAUGUUAUCGAGCUUUAGUUUUUAUAAAAUAAAUAUGUAUAGCUUUUACUUAAACUUGUUCUGUUUCUAACAAAAUAGUUGUCUAUAUCCAUAAUUAUGUUGUCAUUCAUAUAAUUUUGUUCUAUAACGUGUGUAGGUUGCCGUAAAGGAGUCACCUAAAUGACUUGAGAGAACGGGAUAUCAACAAUAUAUUAUGUACCUCUCGUUUUAAUCUUAUAUAUGUACCUACCAUGUCUAACCAAAAUUAUUUAUUAUUAUCAAUGUAUUUACUUUCCUUAUUUAACGUAUUUUAAUUGCUUAUUGUUAUUUAUUACAUAUUCCCUUUAUCGCUGUUUAUCUACGAUUUAUUUAGUCUGUAGAAUAUUGUAA